AUGGUAGAACUAGAGCAGCUGUGGCAGGUGGAGUGGCUGGAGCAGGGGCGUAUGGGGGAUAUGAAGCGUAUAAGUCAUAUAACUCUCAGCCAUCUGAUGACGACUGUUGUGACAGUUGUUGUGAUUCAGGCGAUGGGUGUUGUGGAUGUUGUGAGUGUUGUGAUUGUUGUGGUGGCUGGUGUUGUUGAAAUGCUGAGAUGGAAGGAUGGACCUUUCAUACCUACCAAGGAGUAA